AAUGCUUCUACUGGAUAUCUCCUUUAAAAAAAACUAUAUUAAUAAACUCUAUACACUUUCCGAUAGUGUUUGUUAAUAAAGAAAGAUUUUGAUUCCAAAAAAAAUUAGCUUAGACAAAGAAUAAUUAGACGAAGACCUUAUUAGGGAAAAAUAGAACUACAAAUCCUUAUAAAAUGAAACAAAUAAACUAAAAGCAAGAUUAUAAUUCUAUGAAAAGGAUUUAGUUAUAUAAGGUGAGGUGGAUUAUAAAAGGGAAUUAAAAUAAACACUAAUAAGAUUGAAAAAUAAAGAAGAAGAAGUGUUUGAGUUGAUGCAAAAUACUAACUAUUAAACAAUAAUUGAGAUGAAGAGAACAAUAUCAUCAUUAAAAUAAGAAUUGAAGAAGUAUCAUGCUUAUUAGAAUUUUUCAGGAAGUACAGAGUCAAUAAUUAAUGAAAAUAUAGAAUUAUUCCAAAAAUUACAAUAAUCCAUUUAAUCAAUCAAGGAAUUAGAAAAAAUAAAAGUAGAGUAUUUCUCAAUAGCUAGAAAAUAUUAACAGUUGUAACUUGUUUUAUAAGCAAAAGAUUAGAAAUUAUCGAAAUUAAGAGAAAGAGACCAUAUAAGUGAUAUGAAUAUAAAGCAUGCUAAUAAAAAUGAAUCUUAAUUAAGAGAAGAAUUAUUAAUUAAGGAUGAAGAAAUAUCCCAUCUUAAAACUCAAUUGGCUAUUGCUCUAAAAACCAAUAUAGAAGAUAAAGCCAUCAUCGAUUAAACGUAAUAAGAACUUAAAUAAAAAAUUAAUCAUCAUGAGUAUGAAAGGUAGAUUUAUAAAGAGAGGAUUGAUAAUUUGCAAAAAGAAAGUUAAUAGUUAGCUGAAAAAGCAAGAAAUUUUUUGAUAGAUAUUUGACUGU